AUGUCAUCGUCCAUUUCCCAAUUCUACAUUCUCUCUACACGAGGUGACACUAUCAUCUACAGUGACUUUCGAGGUGACGUCGAGAGCAACUCAGCCGAGAUUUUUUCCCGUAAAGUCAAGUUUUGGGAAAAAGGAGAUGCACCCCCAACGUUUAAUGUUGACGGUGUCAAUUAUUUGUUCGUGAAGAAGAAUGGACUUUAUUUUGUCGCAACUACACGAUACAAUGUGAGUCCAAGCUACAUUUUAGAGCUGCUUACACGACUUUGCCGCGUAUUUAAAGACUAUUGCGGCGUCUUGAGCGAGGAGACACUACGUAAGAACUUCAUUCUUUGCUAUGAACUGUUAGAUGAGACAUUGGACUAUGGAUUUGCGCAAGAUACGAGUACAGAGGGACUUAAGGUACAUGUACACAAUGAAGCUAUUCUAGUAGGAGACGCUGUGUUGUCGAAACCCAAAGCGAGCUCUAAGUUUAUGAAUCGCAGCUCGAAUAUUAAGGCUGCAAGUGCUGUUAAAAAGCCCGUGGCUACAGCUGGACAGAGUUCGAAGAAACAAGACGAGAAUGAACUUUUCUGUGAUAUUCUUGAACGUCUUAAUGUCGUCUUUUCCUCUGGUGGACAAAUGCUUAAUGCUUCUAUUGAAGGACGAAUUCAACUUAAAAGCUACUUAUCAGGUAAUCCAGAAUUACGAUUGGCACUGAAUGAAGACUUAGUGAUUGGGAACUCGGGAGCUCGACAAUACGGUCAAGUGGUUCUAGACGAUUGCAACUUUCACGACUGUGUCCAAUUGGACGAAUUUGAGCGCGAUCGUGUGCUUAUCUUUCAGCCUCCUGAUGGUGAAUUUACAGUGAUAAAUUAUCGUAUCACGGGUGACUUUCGUGCACCAUUUCGUAUCUUUCCAUUUGUCGAAGAACUAUCUCCUACUAAGAUUGAAAUGGUUCUUAAAAUUCGUGCUGACAUGCCUGAGAAUAAUUAUGGUGCGAACGUAAUUAUACGCUUUCCCGUACCACAAUCUACUGUGGCUGUAUCAUGUGAUAUUGGCAAGAACUCUGCGGGUCAACUUGCAGAAUAUCGUGAGAACGAAAAUCAAGUACGUUGGGCCAUCAAGCGCUUUACUGGUGGCUCUGAACUCACGCUGCGAGCUAAAAUUACGCUCGGUCAGCCUAGUCCACAUGUGCGGCGUGAGAUUGGCCCUGUCAGCAUGAACUUCGAGAUCCCCAUGUACAAUACCUCAUGUCUCCAAGUGCGCUACUUGCGCAUUCCAGAACACGCGCGACACCCGAAUUACACAUACAAGCGAUGGGUACGCUACGUGACGCAGUCUAGUUCGUAUGUAUGCCGAAUUUAG